AUGACCAGCGACCAGUAUCACGAGGAAAGCGAGCUUCCUCCAGCUGGAAAUCCUGCCGAGGCAUCCAAUAAGGACGUGCCACCUUCCAUAGCCACAUUUGUGGAGAAGUUUUACAAGAUCUCGGACACGCCCGAUGUGCACGAACAGUACGCUGAUGACUAUUUUAUCCACGACGAAGACCGGCUCAGCUUCCAGAUCGGACCCAUGCAACCGACAAAUAAGCGUGAAGGCAUCGUUGCUUGGAGACGGAAGGGCUGGGAAGGUGUCACUAGACGCAAGCACGUCGUUAACGGCGUCUUUAUCAGCCCAAAAUGGGAAAACGAGAUCAUGCUGGACGGCUCGGUAGAGAUGGACAAGAAUGGCUCGACGCUCAAGUUCAAUUGGGCCGGUAGAAUGGUGUUCGACCACAAGAGCCUGGAGGAGGGUGCGCCCAAGAUCGAGACCUACAAGGUGUGGCUGAGUCAGGAGUAA